AUGGUAUCCAAAUUGGAAUCCGAGCACCCUUACGCGCUCGUGAGUACCAAGAGGUCACAUUGGGACACAAUGCCCCUUUUCUACAGUGUCCACGUGCCACCACAAGAGCCGGCAGCGCAUGGGUGUCCAAAGCAAUACACUUCGUCGGAAAAAGUCCAAAUCACGACUCAAGACUCCUACCCUAGCUCUAACACCCUAUUUGGAGUCACUUUUGUUCUCGAGCCUACACCGAAAAGUGACCGGAAUCGUGAUCCCAAAAUUGGCCGAAAUCCAAUUCGAAAAUCAAGCCACCUAUGCUCAAAAUUAAUGCAAUCCGACCCAACCAUCAGGUAG